GCCACCAUCCCCGCCCCUAGCCCCCUUCCCGCGUCGCGACGCACACAGCUCGGCGGAGACCGCCUCGCUGAGGUACGCUGUGCGGGUCGGGCCCUGAGGUGGACGGACGCGGGGAAAGAGAUGAGUGAUUCCUGGAAGCACUGAAGAGCGCGGCCUUGGGACUCUUGAUUUCUCAGAGAUCAGUCUAGCAGUAGGGUGGUAGAAAAAAAUGAAGCCAGCCGGUACAGACCCAAGGAUCUUGUCUUUAGCUGCUGAAGUUGCAAAAAGUCCUGAACAAAAUGUUCCUGUUAUAUUAUUGAAGUUAAAAGAAAUAAUAAACAACACCCCUUUGGGAAGCUCAGAGUUAAAGAAAGUUAAACAAGAUAUAUAUUGUUAUGACCUCAUUCAGUAUUGUCUAUUGGUCCUCAGUCAAGAUUCUUCUCGAAUCCAGGGUGGUUGGUCUACAAUUUCCCAGCUUACACAGAUACUAAGCCAUUGCUGUGUGGGCUUAGAGCCAGGAGAAGAUGGAGAAGAAUUUUACAAGGAGUUACUUCCAUCAGCUGCUGAAAAUUUUCUUAUCCUGGGGAGAAGGUUACAAACAUGUUUCAUCAAUGCAACUAAGGGUGAAGAGCAAGAUAAAUUACUACAUUUUUUCCAAAUUGUGACUGAUUCUCUCUUCUGGUUAUUGGGAGGUCAUGUUCAACUGAUACAGAAUGUACUGCAGAGUGAUCAUUUCUUACACUUGCUGCAAACUGACAAUGUUCAGAUAGGAGCUUCAGUCAUGACUCUGCUACAGAAUAUACUACAGAUCAACAGUGGUAAUUUACUCAAAAUAGAAGGAAAAGCCCUGCAUUCUAUUUUAGAUGAAAUUCUUUUCAAGCUUUUGUCAACUCCUAGUCCAGUCAUAAGAAGUACUGCUACAAAGCUCCUGCUAGUACUGGCUGAAUCCCAUCAGGAAAUUUUGAUUUUACUGAGACUAAGUGCCUGCUAUAAAGGACUUAGAAGUCUGCUAAAUAAACAGGAAACUCUUACAGAAUUUAGUCGAGAACUUAGACAGCUCGUUGAUCUUUUAACCCCUAAGAUCCAUCAGGAAGUAGAAGAACAGAAACUACAUAAAGCAGCUUGCUUGAUUCAAGCCUAUUGGAAAGGUUUCCAGACCAGAAAGAGAUUAAAGAAGCUUCCGUCUGCUGUGAUUGCCUUGCAGAGGAGUUUCAGAUCUAAACGAACAAAGAUGAUGUUGGAGCUAAAUAGGCAGAAGGAAGAAGAAGACCUCAGAUUAAAAUUGCAACUUCAAAGACAGAGAGCAAUGAGGCUUUCACGAGAGUCACGCUUGAACAUGCUUGAAAUAAUUCAUCCAGGUCAAGUGGAGAAGUACAAUAGGGAAAUGGAAGAGAAAUCAGCAUUGACUAUUCAGAAACAUUGGAGGGGGUACAGGGAAAGGAAGAAUUUUCGCCAACAGAGGCCAUCUCUCACAGAGUAUAAAGCAGCUGUCACACUUCAAAGAGCAGCCUCUAUUAAGAUUUCAAGUCUGGGGCUGGAGAGAUGGCUCAGCGGUUAAGAGCACUGACUGCUCUUCCAGAGGUCCUGAGUUCAAUUCCCAGCAACCACGUGGUGGCUCACAACCAUCUGUAAUGAGCUCCGAUUCCCUCUUCUGCUGUGUAUGAAGACAGCUACAGUGUACUCGUAUACAUGAAAUAAAAUAAAUCUUUAAAAAAAAGAUUUCAAGUCUGAAAGCAUGUAGCUUAAUCACCUUUUUUAUAGGUUUUACUGUUAAUUCUCAUUUCUUACCAUGAUAAAUUUUGAGCACUCAAUGUGGGUUAACAUUUAUAAGGAUGUUUUAAUUUUCUAAAUUGUAUGUAAGCAUGUGUGUCUAUCUGUGUGGGUGUGUGCACUUGAGUGCUAAUGCCCCCUGAUGCCAGAAGCAUCACGGUAUCUGAAGAUAGUUACAGGUAGUUGUGAGCCAUGGGUGCUGAGAACUAAACCUGGGGUUUCCUGCAAGAGCAGUUUGUAGUCUUAACUGCUCAGAUGUCUUUCCAUCCUUAUGAAGAUAUUUCUAAACCAUCAAAAACCAAUAGAAUAAAUACUAGGGAAAUGUGAAGAGUGAUGUGUCUCUUCCUCCUCCCUUAUGUUAUAUAUGAAACAAACGUGAUAUUUAUCCUGAGCUAAAGAGACAAGGCAACCUGAGGAUAGCUCAUUUAUAUCCAGUUAGAGAUGCUUCUUUUUAGAGAUAUUUGCCUUUGUGAUAGCUGCCCAACCAGAUUGAUUUGUGGGAAAGCCUGUGGUGCAUAUAUAUAUAUAUAAUACUCAUUCUCAUUAAUAUGUUCAUAUUGCCUAUGUUGGAAUGCUAAUGUUUUACAUAUAGCAUCCUAGGACUUCUACAGCUGUGAUAAAAACACCAUGACCAACUGCAACUUGGCGAGUAAAGGAUUUAUUUCAUCUUAUGCUUCCAGUUAACAUCACUGAGGGAGGGAAGUCAGGGCAGGAACUUGGAGGUAGGAACUAGAGCAGAGGCUAUGGAGAAAUGCUGCUUCCUGGCUUAAUGCUCAGCCUGCUUUGUUUAUUCUAGCACCCACUAACUAGCCCAGGGAUUGCACCACCCAUAUUGAGCUGGUCCUGCUCAAAUCAAUCAUCAAUCAAGACAAUGUUCUAUAAGCUUUUCCACAGACCUUUCUGGUUGGGGCAUUUUUUCAGUUGAGGUUUUUUUUUCCAGAAUAACUUUAGCUUUUGUCAAGUUGACAUAAAAACUAGCUAGCACAUAUAAUUAUGUUUUUAUAACUCAGAUAUAAAAUAAUAUUUUAUAUAGCUACAUGGAAUUUAAAAUAACUGGAAUUUGUUAUCUGUGUUAUAUUUCUAUAGCAAUUUUCAUUUAGUGGUUUGUUAAAGCCAAGCAUUGUAACAUGACCUCUAAAACGCUGAGAGGUCAGAGAAUCCCAUGAUUCCUAAGCUUGAAACCAUUCUGGUUUACACAGCAAAUUCUCACUUCAAAGGAAGAGGGAGGCAUAAUUAAUCAGUUUCAUUAAAAAUAAAUACAGAGUAGUAAGGUUAUCCUUUACAUUUAUUUGUAUCUUAGGAACAAUUGUUUUUUCAGGUACUUGGCAACAAAAGAAAAGUUAAACCAUUAUCUACCUUCUCUUUCUUGCUUGCUUUGUACAAAAGCCAGGACCCCUCUUAAGACAUUGUCUCACUGUGCCUCCCAGAUUGCUGACCGUGAUCUUGAAUUAUCUUUUCUCACCCUUCACUACUAAUAUUAUAGUUCACUAUCACACCUAAUUGAGGCAGUGUAUUUUUUAGUUGAUAAAAGUAGAAAGAAAAAAUCCAAAAUGAUGUGUAGUAUAUUAUAUCUCUAAUGCAGGCACUCAGAAGAUUGAACCAGGAUCUCAAAUUCAAGGUUAGCCUAGACUACAUAGCAAGUUCCAGGCAUUCCUGAGCUAUGUAGCAAAGACAUGGCCCCCAAAUAACGAAACGCUGAAAGCACUUCAAUUAUUAGACUUCUUUAUUCUCAUAGACAAAUUAAGAGUUCUUGGUAGUGAGUGUUGCAGUGUUAGAACUAAAUUUAAAUUUUACUUUUGCAUGUUUUUAGAUGUUUUCUUUUUUUUUUUUUUUUACCUUUUUAAAAGGCAGCAGUAGUUCAGAAAGAGUUAGUUGGUCUCUAGAUCCAGAAGGGUAGCUUGACUAUAGAAUACUAACACACAAUGUUAUACACUCAUCCAUCACUAAGCAUCCAUACAAAGGAUUAGCAAAAUAAACCAUUGAAAUUUUUAAAAGCCAAAAACAAUGGCAGAGAAUAAUAAAAUGACAAAAUAAAUGAAGAUAAGAGAAAAACAUCAAGGGAGUUUUUCUGAGUGAGGUAUAGAGUGAAGUUCUCGUCGGAACGUCAUAAACCCAGGGUGGUACUAAAAGGAAGGCUGGAAGAGAAAAAGAUGUGUGACCAAAAAAAAAAAAAAAAAAAAGAGAAAAAAAAAGAGAAAAAAAAAGAAAAAAAUCCCCCAAACAGAAGAAUGAAACAAAGAGUAUCUCUUUUGCAGGUGCAAGCACCAUACUAAAAAUGAGUAUUAAGGGACAUUUAACAUUUAAGGCAUCAUUCAACCCCCUUUCUUCUCAGCUUUCAGGCUUAUGACUGCAGAUAGUAGAGUGGAAGCAUUUUCUUUGGGAAAUCUGAAGUCUGAAUAAAGUCAAAGUUUACUAACAUUGAAGGAUCCAAACAAAACAACUUGGUUCAUUAGUCCUAUGCUGUAAUGCAUAGUAGAUGAGCCCUUUAUGGCAGCUCAGUAUGUCUAAAUAGCUUUUUAGUGCUCAACUUUAUAGGCCAUAGGCAAAUAUAAGUGAACAUGAGGAAAGCUGCUUGAUAGAAAUAGAGGAUUUAAUACUUAGGGGUUUACCUCAGAGAGUAGAGCACCUGACCAGCAUAUAUGAGGUCCUACAUUCAAUCCCUGACAGUGGGGAAAAACAAACAAAACAACAACAAAUAUUUAGAGAGAUGACACAGGAAUUAGAAAAUAAGAUUAGUUUUUGAUCUAUCAUUUCCUCUGAUAAGAGAAUAUGGUAAAAAAUCAACAUGUUUAAAAGGGAAAAGGAAAAGGGUGGGGGUGGGGGGGGAGGCAGACCUGGGUUGAACAGUUAAAAUUUACUAGAAAGGAUAAAAGAAAAUAAUGGGCUAGUGAGAUGGCUCAGCGGGUAAGAGCACUGACUGCUCUUCCAAAGGUCCUGAAUUCAAAUCUCAGCAACCAUAUUGUGGCUCACAACCACCCGUAAUGAGAUCUGACACCCUCUUCUGGUGCAUCUGAAGACAGCUAUAGUACUUAUUUAUAAUAAAUAAAUCUUUGUAAAAAAAAAAAAGGAAAAAAAUACUAUCCAUCAGAGAAAUCAAAUACAUAAGUAUUUAAAAUCAAGAACAGAAAAUAUAGAGGAGAGGAAAUCAAAAGAAUUUUCUAGAACUACAGCAUUGAUAAAUGUCCAAUACUGUAACAAACAUUUAUUUCAUUUCCAUGAAAUACAUUGAGAACAAAGAACUUAGCAGCUUCACUGGAACUGAAGAAAUCUUGAGCUAAAACUGUGACAUGUCUAAGAGAAGUGAUUUCUAGUUAAAAUUAUGUGCUCACUGAAAAGGGAGUUAAAAAGAAGACUAAAGACACUUAUAUAAUCACAGAAGCUCUUAAGCCAGUGGGAAAACCAAGAAGGUAUACAGCUGAAAUUCAAGAAGUACAGGGAGAGAUAAAAUGAGAAACCAAGGUAGUUGUGCAGAGACCCCAGGAUGAGCUUUGUACCAGGUGGAGAGAAACAGGUAGGUUAGAACCCCCCAGAAAAUGUAUGUGCUACAAUAUCUGAUAUAUCAAUGUCUUGACAAUUAGAAUGAAGUUGUAGAACGUAAUCAAGUCUAAGUAUGUAGAAAAUCAAACACAUGGAAAAAAUAAGUGUUAAUUUCAGAGAAAAUAAGCAAGGAAGACAGUGUAGUUCUAAUAUGUGCUCCAGAAUGAGUAAUAGCUUUUCUUGCUGUUGUUGUGUAUGUAUAAUACAAGCACUCAGGACUGGCACAGCAGAGUUACAGGUUUGAGACUAAUAUAGCCUGCAUAAUAAAAACCCUGUCCCCCCAAAAUAAAACUACCUUACCUUUAUGUAAUAAUCAUUAUGUGAAUGUUAUUUUUUACUGAAAUUACAACAUUAAUUAUGUAGGUGGACUGUACAUGGGAGUAUAUGCAGUAUAAAGUAACCAAAUCCUUAUUUCUGUUCAAGAAAAUCAAUAAAUAAUAUGUUUAAUCUGUGAGAAAAAAAUCAUAGAAAUCUACUGAUGGAAUUCACAUGAAGGAAAAAAAAGUUAAAGUUGUUGCCUUUGGGAUUUGUAAAACUGGUCCUUUAAACAACAGAAUUAGGCUAGCCAACUUUCUCUGGAAAGGACCAGAUAAGGAAAUAUUUUAGGCUUUGCAAGCUAUAGCCUGUAAUAGCUACUUAACAGUUGAAGCACAAAAGCAGCUGUAGAUAACGGUUAGACUAACAGUAGUUAAGCAAGUAUAGCUGUAUGCCAAUAAAAAUUUGUAGACAUUUGAGUUUUGACUUAUACAUACGUUUACAUGUCGUAAAGUAUCCUUUUAAAUUUUUAGCCAUGUAAAGUGAAAUAAACAGGUAUUUACUAUACAGAAACAACUUACUGUUUUUGACCUGUAAGCUAUGACUUGCCAAUCAGUGCUUUUAAAACUGUAUAUAAUUUUAGUGAAAAUAAAAACAUGGGAGAAAAAUGAAGAAUUGAAAAGAAUAAUUUCAUAUAUGUACCAAAAUGUAUAAGUCUAUUAUGGAAGACUUGAGAAAACAUUCAGAAAAUUUGCUUUUAUCAGUAGUCUCAUAGCUUAAAAUGUUAAAAUGUUUUAUCUUUACCAAGCCUUUUCUUACUAUCUCUUUUAUAUUUGGAAUACUGUAAAACAUGUAAAAUUAGGGUCCUUGUUUCUUAUUGGCAUAGAGCAUGUCCUAUAGAAACCAUUGGUUUGCCCAGAAUUGUAGAGUUUAUAAGGAAUUAGAAUUGAGAUUAGAACUCAAUGUUUAUUUCCUUUUAUAUACUCAUUUCUUACUGCAAACAUAAUGAGUGCUUAAUAUGAACUCAGAGACUAUGGCAGCACUCAUAGGACCUCUACAAGUUCAAGCCAGAUGAAAUCCCAGCACUGAGAGUGGAAAGUAAACAUAGUCCCCAUCCCUAACCAUGGAAUUGCUACCUGCUGAUAAAGUGAAAAUCAGUGAGUGUCACUGGGUAUCCAUGCCCAGGUGUAGCUGGCCAAUACAAAACUCCAUUGGUUUUGGUUUUGUUGUGUUUUAUUUUGUGGGCUCUUUAUUAUAUUUUGUUUUGUUUGGGCAUUUUUCUAACUUUUUGUUAUUGUUUUGGUUUUUGGUUUUUGAGAGAUUAAGUAUGAGAACAUGAAGUUAGGUAGAGAGCUGGAAAGAAUCUAGCAGGAGUUGGGGAGGGGAAACAAUUAAAAUAUUUUUAAAAUUUUAAUAAUUAUAUAUAUAUAUAUAUAUAUAUAUAUAUAUAUAUAUAUAUAUAUAUUCUAAAUGUGUAAAGCCCUAGGUUUGAUGCCUAGCACCACAUUCAGCAGGUGGAAACAGGAGGACCAGAUAGAGUUAUCUUAGGCUACUUGUUGGUUCAAGGCUUGCCUAAGCUAUGUGAGGUCUGGCAAACCAAAAACCACAGUAAUAGAAAUAUUUAGGUGUAUUCUUUUGUCUUAGUCUUAGAAUGCCCUUUCAUUCUAUUGCUACAAUGAAACACGAUGACAAAAAAUCAAUUUGAGAAGGAGAGGGCUUAUUUAUUUGGCUUAACUUCCAGGUCUUAAUUCAUCAUUAGAGGAAAUCAGAACAGGAAUUCAAGGAGAGCUAGAACCUGGAGGCAGGAGUUGAUGCAGAAGACAUGGAGGGAUGCUGCGUACUGGCUUGCUCAGCCUGCCUUCUUAUAGAACCCAGGACCACCAACUAGCCCAGAGAUGGCACAACCCACAAUGGGCUGGGCCCUCCCUCAUUGGUCACUAGUUGAGAAAAAGUCCUACAGCUGGAUCUCAUGGAGAUAUUUUCUCAACUUGAGGCACCUUUCUCUGUGAUGAUUCUAUCUUGUGUCAAGUUGACACAAAAAGCAGCCAGUGCAACUAACCCCUUGUCAACUACACACAAAUCACUAUUAAGCUACAACCCUUACUUUCCUGUUCAUUCCCCAAGAUCUAAAUAACUGUAAAACCUCCAAAAUCUUUACAAAUUCAAACACAUUAAAAUUUUGGUUCUUUUAAAGUAUCCCAUCUCUUUUAAAAUCCAGUCUUUUACAGUUCAAACUCUCUUAACUGUGAGCUCCAGUAAAAUACUUCCUUCAAGGGGGUGGGGGGUUGAAUUCAAGGCACAGUCGCAAUCAAA